AAUAUUGAGCAUAUACACAAUGACAAACACAAAGAAAGAUACACACUAUCAGACACCUCACGGAAAAAAAGUUAUACAAUCAGACAGAAAAAAAACAUAGGGGGAAUGGAGCUGGAGGCAAGUGAAGUUGAAGCUGAGAAAUUCAAGUCCAAGAAAACAAACAUAACAGAUUCAUGGAUGAAAAAACACAGUUCAAUCUACAAAGAAGCUACAAGACACCCUUUUAUUCUUAGCAUUCGAGAUGGCACAAUUGAUUCUCCUUCCUUCAAGAAAUGGCUGGGACAGGAUUACAUAUAUGUCAGAGCCUUUGUCCCUUUCGUUGCAAGUGUCUUGGUGAAAGCUUGCAAUGAAUUAGAUGAUAGUUCAGAUACGGACAUUAUUCUAGGUGGUUUGGCCUCUCUAAAUGAUGAGAUUACAUGGUUCAAGGAAGAAGCUUCUAAAUGGGAGGUUUCAUUGACAAGUGUUGUUCCACAAAGAGCAAAUCUCAUGUACUGCAGCUUUCUGAAGAGUCUGAUGAGGUCAGAAAUUGAAUAUACAGUAGCAGUCACUGCAUUUUGGGCUAUUGAAACCGUUUAUCAAGACAGCUUUUCUCACUGUCUGGAAGAUGGAUCUAAAAUUCCAGAAGAACUCAGAGAGACUUGCCAAAGAUGGGGUAAUAAUGGCUUCGGUCAGUAUUGCCAUUUCCUCCAGAAUAUAGUUGACCGUUGUUUGGAAAAGGCAUCAAUUGAUAUUAUUGCAAAAGCUGAACGAGUUUUCAUAACAGUCCUUGAACAUGAGGUCGAGUUUUGGAACAUGAGCAAGGGGGAAAUCUAAGUGCUUAUAGAUGUAUGUGGUUACCGUAUAUUCAUAGAGAGGUGACAGUUUUCGGCUUUUUGGUGCUCCUCCGUAUCUUCUACAAUAAAUAGUUUCUGUAUGCUAAGCCUUAGUUUUAUGGGACCCUUGUCAAUUGUCAUAUGUAUUUCAGUAUUUGUCUGGUUUCCACAAGGAUUACGUAAGAGUACUCGUUUUCCAGUGUGUAUUACUUCAGUUCUUUCCUCGAAUAAUGUACGCAAGAAAAGUAUAUUCUGAGCAGUGUCUCGAGCAAUCUUGCCUGGAUUCACCAUUGUCUUUUUGCCCU